GGGCCAAUCCGGAGCCUCGGGGGGCGGGCUCUGUCCCCGACCUGCUUUAGUGUAUCGUGGUGCCGCCUGGAGCUGACAGAGUUCGCCGGCUGAGAGGCGGCAUGAGCGGGGAGGAGAUCUCCGCCACACAGCCCCCUGGAGCAGCCGCUUUCUGGUUCAAAUAAAGGGGAAAGUUACCGGUGGCCACCAUGGAGAAAGGCAGUAAAGACAUGAGGACUAAUCCGGUCGCAACGGCGAGUUUCUUGUCCAAACUUUUCUUCUGGUGGCUCAACCCGUUGUUUGGUAUCGGGUACAAGCGGCAGCUGGAGGAGGAGGACAUGUACGAGGUUCUGACGGAGGAUCGCUCCGACGUUCUGGGAGAAGACCUGCAGAGGUUCUGGGACCAGGAGGUGCAGAAAGCCAGUAAAGAGCUGCGACCCCCUAAACUCUCUACGGGACUCAUCAGGUGCUACUGGAAACCGUACGCCGUGCUCGGCUUCUUCACCUUACUGGAGGAGCUGAUUAAGGUGGGGCAGCCUCUGCUCCUGGGGCAGAUGAUCCAGUACUUUGAGAGCUACGACCCCGAGGACCUGCCGGCCCUCUACAGGACUCUGGGCUACGCUGCAGGCCUGUCCUGCUGCACGCUGGGCCUGGCCGUGCUGCACCACCUCUACUUCUACUAUGUCCAGAGGGCCGGCAUGAAGAUCAGGGUGGCCAUGUGCCACAUGAUCUACAACAAGGCUCUGCGUCUCAGCAGCUCUGCUCUGGGGAAAACCACCACGGGACAGAUCGUCAACCUGCUCUCCAACGACGUCAACAAGUUCGAUGAAGUGACGAUCUUCCUCCACUUCCUGUGGGUGGGGCCUCUGCAGGCGGGGAUCGUGGUCGGGCUGCUGUGGGUGGAGAUCGGCGUGUCGUGUCUGGCGGGGAUCGUGGUCCUCAUGUUCCUGAUGCCGGUCCAGUCCUUGUUCGGACGCCUCUUCUCCAAGUUCAGGAGUAAGACGGCGGUCCUGACCGACAGCAGGAUCCGGACCAUGAACGAGGUGGUUUCUGGGAUGAGGAUCAUUAAGAUGUACGCCUGGGAGAAACCCUUCGCUGCUCUGGUCUCUGAGGUCAGAAGGAAGGAGAUCUCUAAGGUGAUGAAGAGCUCGUACCUGCGCGGCCUCAACAUGGCAUCCUUCUUCUGUGCCAGUAAGAUCAUCCUGUUUGUGACCUUCACGCUGUACGUGCUGCUGGGGAACACCAUCUCCGCCAGCCGCGUCUUCGUCACCGUGUCGCUCUACACCGCCGUCAGGCUCACCGUCACGCUCUUCUUCCCCAGCGCCAUCGAGAAGCUGUUCGAGAGCCGCGUCAGCAUCCGCAGGAUCCAGGAGUUUCUGCUGCUGGAUGAGUUGACAAAGAGCCACGCUGCUCUGCAGCAGGACGAGAAGAAGGAGAAGGAGGCCUUCGUGGAGAUCCAGGACCUGGUCUGCUACUGGGACCAGACUCUGGACGCCCCGUCCCUCCAGAACGUGUCCCUGUCGCUGCGCUCCAACCAGCUGCUGGCUGUGAUCGGACCAGUGGGAGCUGGGAAGUCGUCUCUGCUCAGCACCAUCCUGGGGGAGCUGCCCAGUGACAAGGGGGUCCUAAAGGUCAAAGGUCAGCUGACCUACGCGGCCCAGCAGCCCUGGGUUUUCCCGGGAACGAUCCGCAGCAACAUCCUGUUCGGGAAGGAGCUCGUCCCCCAGAAGUACGAGAGGGUCCUCAGGGCCUGCGCCCUCAAGAGGGACAUGGAGCUGCUCCCAGACGGAGACCUGACUCUGAUCGGGGACCGAGGGGCCACGCUCAGCGGGGGCCAGAAAGCUCGGGUCAACCUGGCCAGAGCGGUGUACCAGGAAGCUGACAUCUACCUGCUGGACGACCCGCUGAGCGCCGUGGACGCCGAGGUCGGGAAGCAUCUCUUUGAGCAGUGUAUCUGCGGCCUGCUGAGGAACAAACCUCGUAUCCUGGUCACUCACCAGCUGCAGUACCUGAAGGCAGCAGACCAGAUCCUCGUCCUCAAAGAGGGUCACAUGGUUGCUAAGGGAACGUACAGCGAGCUGCAGCGCUCCGGGGUGGACUUCACCUCCCUGCUGAAGAAGGAGGAGGAGGAGGAGAAGCCUCCUCAGGAGCUGCUCCCCUCCAGGAGCAGGACUCUGUCCCAGAACUCCGUCAUGUCCCACACCUCCUCCGUCCACUCCGUCAAGGACGGAGACCAGCUGCCGGCGGAGGCGGUGCAGACGAUGAGUGAGGAGAGCAGAGCUCAGGGAACCAUCGGACUGAGUCUCUACAUGAAAUAUCUGAAGGCUGGAGCCAACAUCCUGCUGCUGCUGCUGGUCUCUCUGCUCUACAUCCUGGCUCAGGCGGCGUACGUGGUGCAGGACUGGUGGCUCGCCUACUGGGCCGGUGAGCAGGACAAGCUAACCGCUAACAAUGCUAACAGAACUCUGAUCCAGAACAACGGGACCAACGGGACCAACGGGACCAACGGGACCAACGUGACGGCGGAGCUGGACACGGACUUCUACCUCAUCGUUUAUGGAGGUCUGACUGCAGCCACCGUGGUGUUCGGCUUCAUCAGGACCACGGUGUUCUUCAACGUGUUGGUGACGGCGGCUCAGGUUCUCCACGACCGAAUGUUCACGUCCAUCCUCAGAGCGCCGGUCCGCUUCUUCGACAUAAACCCCAUCGGACGAGUCCUCAACAGGUUCUCUAAGGACAUCGGACAGCUGGACUCUAACCUGCCCUGGACCUUUGUGGACUUCACUUGUGUGGCCCUGCAGAUUGUCGGCGUGGUGGCGGUGGCGGUGUCGGUGAUCCCCUGGCUCCUCCUCCCCGUCGUCCCCCUCCUCAUCGUCUUCAUCGUCCUCAGACGAUACUUCCUGAGAACCUCCAGGAACGUCAAACGCCUCGAGUCCACCACUCGGAGUCCCGUCUUCUCCCACCUGUCCUCGUCUCUUCAGGGUCUGUGGACGAUCCGAGCCUUCGGAGCCGAGGAGAGGUUCCAGAAAACCUUCGACGCUCACCAGGACCUUCACUCAGCUGCCUGGUUCCUGUUCCUGACCACGUCUCGUUGGUUCGCUAUGCGUCUGGAUGGGAUCUGUGCCAUCUUCGUGACCGUCACCACCUUCGGCUGCGUUCUGCUCCGAGACCAGAUGGAUGCGGGCUCGGUGGGUCUGGCUCUGAGUUACGCCGUCACCCUGAUGGGGAUGUUCCAGUGGGGCGUCAGACAGAGCACCGAGGUCGAGAACAUGAUGACGUCUGUGGAGCGCGUGGUGGAGUACACGGAGCUGGAGAGUGAAGCACCCUGGGAGACGGGGAAGCGUCCUCCUCCUGAUUGGCCGAGCCGCGGCCUGGUCACCUUCGACGGCGUCAGCUUCUCGUACAGCGCCGACGGACCCGUCGUCCUCAAGAACAUGAAGGCCACGUUCAGACCGCGAGAGAAGGUGGGCAUCGUGGGGCGGACCGGAGCCGGUAAAAGCUCUCUGGUGUCGGCUCUGUUCCGGCUGGCUGAACCUCAGGGGAAGAUCUACAUCGACGGAGUCCUCACAUCAGAGAUCGGACUCCACGACCUCAGGAUGAAGAUGUCCAUCAUCCCUCAGGACCCGGUUCUGUUCACAGGCUCCAUGAGGAAGAACCUGGACCCGUUCAACCAGCACACAGACGAGGAGCUGUGGAGAGCUCUGGAGGAGGUCCAGCUCCGGUCGGUGGUGGAGGACCUCCCGGGGCGUCUGGAGACGGUCCUGGCUGAGUCUGGUUCUAACUUCAGCGUGGGUCAGAGGCAGCUGGUCUGUCUGGCCAGAGCCGUCCUCAGGAAGAACCGCAUCCUGGUCAUCGACGAGGCCACCGCCAACGUGGACCCCAGGACGGACGGUCUGAUCCAGAAGACGAUCCGUGAGAAGUUCAGAGAGUGUACCGUUCUGACCAUCGCUCACCGCAUCAACACCAUCAUCGACAGCGACAGGAUCCUGGUCCUGGAUGCGGGCAGGAUCCAGGCCUACGACGAGCCGUUCACUCUGCUGCAGGACGAGGACGGGAUCUUCUACAAGAUGGUGCAGCAGACGGGGAAGCAGGAGGCGGCCGCGCUGCUGGACGCCGCCAAACAGGCGUUCGACAGCUCGACUCGUCCCAACGUGUCCAACGGCCACGCGGAGACGUCCGACGGCAGCCUGGUCAUCUUUGAGACGGCGCUCUGAGCUCCGAGACUCUGACCGCUUUAGAGACGCUCCGGGGACGCAGCGCCCCCGAUCCCUCCGGCCCCGCUGGGCCCUGAACGCACCGCGAGGCCUCAUCAGUCCACACGGAGAGACACGGAGAGACACGGAGAAGAGACUCGGAGAGACUCGGAGAGACUCGGAGAGAGACGGACGCCGGGGUGGCGAACCAACCACGCACACUGCAGCCGCUGCUGUACAGACUCUAUUUAUUCUCCGCUCGGUAUUUAUGGAUGUUCACGUUGCUGCUCAGAAGAAAUCAAACGGCCUUUAAAAGCUUCAGAGACCAACAAGUGCCUCGUUCUGCAGGUCUGAUGAUCCUCAGAACCAAUCAAACUGUUUCUGAAUGUUGAUUUACAAACCUUUUGUACUGUUUUUAUCCAAUCAGAGGAGAGUCUCCGCCAGCUGCUGCACCUCUUUAUACUUUCAGUCCCAGUUUGCCUUAAAACAGUAAAGUGUUUAAACCUCGUUACUGAGAGAAGUUUUAUUUUAGAUAUCAGCAGCUUGAAUCAAUCAAUCUGUUUUCAUCACGAUUAUUCAUCAAAAACAUACUUUGUAGGUAUUAAAAAUCAAAAUAAAUGAUUUGCAAUCUU